AUGGUGUGUACCAAAUUAUGCUUAUAUGCAGACGUGAACCGCAGAAAGCUGUUGGAAGUUGAUGUCGUUCCUGCUCUAGUUCGCAGUUUGAGCGAAUGUGGGGGCGAAGAUACACCAACGAUGCUGCAAGUGCGCUGGACGCUCAUGACCAUGGGAGCGAUACUUAAUAUGCAGAUGGAUUGCGCACCUGUGAAAAAUGCGUUGUGUGAUGAUGGUGCCGUCCCUUUGAUUAUCACUGCACUGGCCAAGAUGACGUCACUGAACUCGAUGCAGGCGUCAAGAGAUGCAGCGAAAUAUAGCACCAGUACACAAGCGAUUGAAUGGGGUCUACGUGUACUUGACGAUUUACUCACGAGUGAGGAAACCCAUUCCUAUGCAUGGAUUCCAACCGCUGCAGAAUCGCUUCUCGAUCUGCUCCAAGUUUGGAACCGCGUGCAUCCACCGACCUCUUCUUCUUCCGAGCAGUGUGACAAGCUAGAGCAGCAGCUGUCUAUCAUUGAAAAUCUAUCGAAUAUCCUUGACCACGAGGCGCAAAAUUCGUCUUUCUGCGCGGCUAUGACGUCCGCUGAUACGCUGAAGGCGCUUCAGACAUUAUUGAACAUUGUACAUGACGUCCACCUUCUCCCUGGAUGGCAAAUAAUAGGCAUGGAAGCGAACGAUACGCUUCUGUCAGAUGCGCACCAAGUCAUCGGUCAUUUGAAAAAGGCUGCAACACAUACAGUCGUUGCAUUAGCUGGGGAGGACACGAAUCUCGACCGGCUUUGUCCUCUAGAUGGGGAGGAAGUGAUCCAGCCCAACCACCUGAUUGAUACACUGUGCGACUGGUUGUCCGACGUCGAUGGUGAUCCCAAACAAAUUGUGUGUGCGGUCCUCGUUAUUGGCAAUCUCGCCCGCGAUCACAUCCGAAGUGUGGCACUAGCUAGUCGUCCUUCUUUACUUGAGAGCAUGACACGCCAAAUGCAGUGCCAUGCCAACGAUGUACACAUCGCAUAUGCGGUAAUCCGCGCAAAUGGCAACUUUGCCAUUCCGGACAAGAAUAAGCGCUGCGUCGCAUCUUCUGGCAUUCUGCGCGAGGCUUCCAUUUAUUUGGACUCUCAGCAUGACAUGAAGCGCCCUGUCCAGGCUGGAGUGUUGAUCUUGCUUAAGAACCUUACCUCAUCAGUCUUAUUACCUGAUCUUGCUCUAGAUGUUCUUGGUGUUGUGCCUGGUACACCCACGAACAUUCUCGCUGAUCUCAUCCGCCUUUGGGAUUCGUCCGAUGAUGCUACGAUGAAGCUACGGAUCGCUCGCAUUUAUGCCAUGCUUCUUCGUUGCAUACACGGAGUUCAUGCGAGUGAUGAUCACUUGCAUCAGCUAGCAACUGAAUCUGGCAUUUUGCCAAGCGAUUUACAGCAGGGAUUCAAACAAGCUCGAAAAAAUCUGCAAAUAAGUCAAGUGAUCGACGCGCUCUGCUUCCUUGUGUGCCAUGCCAAAAACCAUGUUGUGCUCAUGAACGAGGGGCUCUUGGGUCUCGUGCUUCUUACUCGCUCUCAUGAGUCCAACGGGCUUGCAGCCGAUGCAAAAUCGGAAGUAGCGAAUGGUGUGUUUAAAGAUUGGCCCACGCCAGCUGAAAGUCUUUUCCCCUCAGUCGCUGAGGCAUUGCCAUUCGUGAUAGAUACAAUGCCAUCUCAAGUCGCUAGUAAUGCUCAUGUGCUUUGGCUCUUAAUGGCUGAAGAUGAGCGCGCAACCGCGAGGCAUCUUUCUGAAAAGGUGAACAAAGCUUGGCGGAAGCAAAAUGAACAAGCCCGUUAA